UAGUAGAAUUGCUCUGUUGUUCUCAGAGAGCGCCAACAGCAGCGAUCAAAGCUGCUCGGGUCUUUUGACACAACGUUAUUAUUGCAGACGACGUACAGACAUAAUAGUUAGAGGGUUGAAAAUAUCAUCGAGAAGAAAUUAUUCUAAUAAUAUCCUGUCGCUUUUCAUUCGUGUUGAAAAAAUUGGCUCAUUUUCAUCCGUCGCUACGGCAGUGAACGAAAACAAUGUUUUCCCGGUUUCAACUUUUUUGCGCCGGAAUACCGCAGAGAUGGGUUUUUGCAGUGAUGGGAUUUUUGGCGGUUACGAACGCAUACACGAUGCGAAUUUGCCUAUCACUCGCCAUAACCGAAAUGGUUAGUACGUCCGCAACCUCGGCGAAUGAUACGAGCCUUGACGAUACUUGUCCAGAUCUCGAUUCUAGCACAUCGAGUAACAGCAGCAGCAGCAGCGGUACUUUCGAGUGGAGCGAAUAUACACAGGGUAUAAUCCUGUCCUCGUUCUUCUGGGGCUACAUAAUAACUCAGUUACCCGGCGGAGUGCUGGCCGACAAAUUCGGGGGCAAGUACACCCUGGGCCUGGGGAUAUUUUCGACAGCUGUUUUCACCCUCCUGACGCCGGUGGUGGUGGAGACCUUCGACGCGACGGGCCUGAUUGUCCUACGAUUUCUGAUGGGCCUUGGCGAGGGCACGACUUUCCCGGCUGUGAACGUCCUGAUAGCCCAAUGGGCGCCGCCGCACGAACGUUCGAAAAUUGGGACCGUCGUUAUGACGGGAGCGCAGGUUGGAACGGUGCUGGGAACAGCGCUGUCCGGGAUUUUGAUACGAUACUCGUCUCUGGGCUGGCCGACGGUCUUCUACGUCUUCGGGGGCUUCGGCGUGCUCUGGUUCUUCGUCUGGCUCUUUCUCUGCUACAGCACGCCUGCUACGCAUCCCUUCAUUACCGACCGAGAGAAGCACUACCUCCACGAGACUAUGAACGAGCACACGCACAAGCGCGGAGGCCCGACGCCGUGGGCCCGUAUUCUACGUUCGGGUCCGCUGUGGGCCUUGGUCGCCGGUAAGGUAGGGCACGACUGGGGCUUCUACACGAUGGUUACCGACCUACCGCUCUACAUGAGCAACGUCCUGAAGUUCUCGAUACAGGCGAACGGGUUCCUAUCGGCUUUGCCGUACGUCGUCAUGUGGAUAGCUAGCAUCGCCUCGUCGUGGCUCGCCGACUGGCUCAUUAAACGUGAGAAAAUCGGCAUAACGAACGUGCGAAAGAUAUGCACGACCAUAGCAUCGGUCGGGCCCGCCAUUUUCAUAAUCGCCGCAUCGUACGCCGGCUGCGACCGCACCGUCGUCGUAGUUCUCUUCACCCUCGGCAUGGGUCUGAUGGGCCCGUUCUACCCCGGCAUGAUGGUAAACGCCAUAGACCUCAGUCCCAACUAUUCGGGGACCCUGAUGGCAAUCGUAAACGGAAUCGGCGCGAUUGCGGGAAUCCUCGCUCCCUAUGCCGUCGGUGUACUGACGCCUAAUCAGACCGUCGGCGAGUGGAGGGUCGUCUUUUGGAUAACUUUUGUCGUAUUUUUCGUAUCAAAUUUAGUUUUCGACAUUUGGGCAGACGGCGAGGUUCAACCGUGGAACGAUCCUACGGAGGAAAUUGAACGACAGGCGAGGAAGGAGAUCGAGAGUAAAAAUGAACAGGGUGUCGCUAAUUACGGUCAGACGAGAAACGACGGCGACGUCGUUACGUGAACAACGACAUUUUGUCGAUCAUUGUUAUAUUUUCCUUAAACUCGCUAAAAUAACGAAUAAAUCAUCAUCGUCGUCGUUAAUAUGAUUUAAGUUAUUCAAACUUUUGUUUUUUUUUUUGUUUUUUUUUUUAACUCAUCGCAAGAACGCAUCAACCGCUUAGCCAUUUAUAAAUGAUAAUAGACAUACGUAAUUAUAUUGUGCUCGCAUCCGUUAUACAUACUAGUCACUUAUACUGGAAUAAUUUUCGUCAUGUUUCCAAUUUCAUCUAUAUGUUUGCAUGAUAAUCAUUAAAUGCCGUACUUGUUGUACUUCUCGGUUUUCCAACUUUCGUUCCCGAUGAAACUGAUCGGUUGGUUAGGAAAACUGGCCAAUUUUUGGCGGACUGCAAUUAUGAAGGAAAAAAAAAAAAAAAUUAACGAAAUGAAAUGAAACAAUUUAUAAAGAAUGAUUAUUAGAAUCCGAUAUUCACGGUUAUACGGUUUUCGACCUACUCAGUUUAGUACGACUACUAGA